CAUUAUCGCGGGGGUGUAUAUUUAUACUUCAUUCUAUCAAGUUCUUUUUCUUUUCUUUAUUUUAUUUAAAAAAGAUGCUUUCCACCGCUGCUCGUACGAUCAAGACAAACACCCUUAAGCGUGCCGUCAGUCCUUUGACGACUUCUAUUCGUACUAAGGUGACAUUGCCUUCUCUUCCUUAUGCAUACAAUGCACUUGAACCCUACAUUAGUGAAGAAAUCAUGACCCUUCAUCACACUAAGCAUCAUCAAACUUAUGUCAAUGCGUUCAACCAAGCCGAAGAAAAGCUUCAAACCGCUUUCCAGGCUAACGAUUUGACCCAACAACUCGCUCUUCAAAAUGCCCUCAAGUUCAAUGGUGGUGGACAUAUCAACCAUUCCUUGUUCUGGAAGAACUUGGCUCCCAAGGACCAAGGUGGUGGUAAACUUCCCAAGGGUGCCUUGUCUUCCGCUAUCGAAAAGGAAUUUGGCUCCUUUGAUAACUUUAUCAAGGAAUUCAAUGCUGCUGCUGCUGGUGUUCAAGGUUCUGGAUGGGCUUGGUUAGGUUAUAACAAGGCUGCUAACCGCCUUGAACUUGCUACAACUCCCAACCAAGAUCCUUUGCUCCACUUGGUUCCUCUUUUGGGCAUUGACGUUUGGGAACAUGCCUACUAUUUACAAUACAAGAAUGUUCGUCCCGACUACCUUAAGGCUGUCUGGGAAGUCGUCAACUGGGAAACUGUUGCUGAACGUUUUGCAAAGGCUAAAUAA